AAGACUGGCGCUUGUUUGAAAAGAUGUGAUAGUGCAAAUUGCAGCUGUCAAGUAAUCUUCGUAUUUGUCCAUAGCCAGAGAGAGAGAGAGAGAGAGAGAGAGAGGUAGAGGGGCAGAAAGCCAUAGAAAUGGCAAGCAGUUCAUGCCUAAACGUCGCCAUUACUCAGCCCUGCGUUUCUCUCUCUCCAUCCUUUUCCCCAAAUUCAAAGCACCCUAACCAAUCUCUCCUUCCCCAUUCUUCUUUCACGCCGAUUCAUUCUUCUUCCCUCCCUCUCCGUUCUAAUCAAAUCCUCUCCCACCCUCGCUCUUACAAGCUCCCUUUACCAUAUGCCCCCAAUUUCCACGUUGUGGCAUUGGCUAAGGUAGAGCCGUUGAAGGUAAUGAUAUCAGGGCCACCUGCUUCCGGUAAAGGUACACAAUGCGAGCUCAUCACCAAAAAGUAUGGUUUGGUGCAUAUUCCUGCUGGAGAUUUACUGAGAGCAGAAAUUGCUUCAGCAAGUGAAAAUGGGAAGCGAGCAAAAGAAUACAUGGAGAAAGGAGAGUUGGUGCCAGAUGAAAUAGUUGUUAUGAUGGUCAAGGAGCGUCUGUUGCAACCAGAUUCUCAAGAAAAAGGAUGGCUUUUAGAUGGAUACCCUAGGAGCUCAUCUCAAGCAGCUGGUCUUGAGGAUUUUGGGAUUCAUCCAGAUCUUUUCAUUUUGUUGGAAGUUCCUGAAGACAUUCUAGUUGAGAGAGUGGUUGGACGAAGAUUAGAUCCUCUUACAGGGAAGAUAUACCACUUGAAAUAUUCACCCCCAGAGAACGAAGAAAUUGCUUCUAGGCUUACUCAACGUUUUGAUGAUACUGAAGAAAAGGUGAAGUUGCGGCUACACACGCAUCAUCAGAAUGUGGAAGCUGUACUUUCUAAAUAUAAAGAUAUCACAGUCAAGGUCAAUGGAAAUGCCCCCAAGGAGAACGUGUUUGCACAAAUUGAUGCUGCUCUUACACAACUACUUGAGCUUAGGAAGGAGAAUUCUGGAUCUCUAGCUGCAUAAAUAAGACUAGACUAAAAGAGUGCUACAUUGUGCAACCAUCUCAACACUUUGAGAUCAUGGCAUGACAGACCCACUCUUUGGUAGUCUUCCCAUGGAUCUCUCUUGUGACAUUGGGGCUGUCAUGGAGGCAGUUCCCACCCUUAGCAGUCUUCCGCAAGGUCCUUGUUGCUACGGGCUUUGUUUUCUCAAAUAAGUACAAAUAAUUAAUUGUGGACUCAAUUAAAUGUCAUGGUUCACACCAGUUUGUAAGGAAUUGUUCAUUUUGGUUAGGUUCACGUUUUUUUGUUACAAAAAAGACUUCACAAUUUAA